AUGCCUGGGUUGAAUAAGACGCGGACAGCUGCAUUCUCGACCAAUAGGAAAGCUACGCGUUCUCCCUGCUUGCACGUGAUUGGUUUUUAUCCGAGUCAUGAUUUUGCUGAGGUGUUUGCACCCCCCACAAAAAUGUUUUCCGACUGCUCAAGUCCGGAACAGCCUCAGCAGCUAACGCAACAGACACCGAUCCCCUAUUCAGAGUACACACAAUUUUGGAGUCCUCCAGCGCCUCCAGAUCCUGCAAAUUCCACCGCCUCCUCAACAAACGCUCCCACAUGGAGUCAGGAGUGGACCGGCUCCCAGAUAAGUGGGCAGGCAUGGCCAUCCCAUAGAUCCCUGGAGCCUGUUCAAUCACUGAAUCACCUCGCUUCCAGCGAUGCUUCCAACCACUCAAAGCCGCCGUAUUCCUAUAUUUCUCUCAUUACCAUGGCCAUUCAGUACUCUCGCAGUCGAAUGUGCACACUGUCAGAAAUUUACGAUUUUAUCACAAAUCUCUUCCCUUACUACCGACACAAUAAGCAGCGUUGGCAAAACUCUAUCCGCCACUCCCUUUCCUUCAAUGACUGUUUCGUCAAAGUGGCCCGUGGCCCAGAUCGUCCUGGCAAGGGUUCCUUCUGGACUCUCCACCCAGAUUCUGGCAACAUGUUCGACAAUGGUUGUCACCUUCGUCGACAAAAGAGGUUUAGAGACCCAGCACGUGAGGCGGCUCGGCUGGAACGCAAGAAAAAGUCGAAAGGCCUAACCACACAGAUAACGUCGAAAGAGCAAAAGAAAACUACUGCUGAAGGGGAAGAGGUUGUGGAUGUCGAUUUGGAGCCUGAGAAGGGCGCUUUACCUCUCCAACCGAUGGAAUGGCGAGGUGAAGAGGAAGUGGCUGGAUGGACACCGGAGGGGUGGUGCUGUUUUGAUCCACUACCACCACCUCCCCCUCCACCACCACCACCACCGCCACUUCUGCAGCCACCGUCUCGUCAUGCGAUGCCACAUCUGACAACCUCGCAGACCUGGUGGACCUCAGUCAUGUCUUUCGACGCCUCCACUAAUACCACCACCACAACCUCGCCACCUACACCGCUAUCAACCUUACCAUCCGACUACUAUUCCUAG